AUACGCUGUCAGCAAUUUUUCAGAGAGAGAGAGAGAGCCGAGAGAAGAAAAUUGUGAGGAAAUUCAGAAUUUUAGGGUUUGCGAGUUGUGAAUUGAGAGAGCGUUAUGGCAUUGACGAAGGCGAAGGAGCUCGUGUCGACCAAUUCGGUCGUCGUCUUCAGCAAGACGCAUUGCCCGUUCUGCGUGAACGUGAAGCAGCUCUUGACUCAAUUGGGAGCAUCCUACAAGGCAAUUGAGUUGGACUCUGAAAGUGACGGAGCUCAGAUACAAUCAGCUCUGGCAGAGUGGACUGGCCAGCGGACUGUGCCCAAUGUUUUCAUUAGUGGAAACCACAUCGGUGGAUGCGACAAAACAACGGCAUUGCACAAGGAAGGUAAACUGUUCCCUCUGCUUACUCAAGCCGGAGCCGUUGCCAAAACUUCUACUUAAAAUAAUGGAUGAUUAGUAGUAAAGCAGAAUAAUUUCAGUUAUGUGCUUUAACAAUUUCCGAACGUAACGCACAUUCAACUUGAAUUUGUAUAAUCUCCGUUAGUGUUUUCAUAUUUCGAUUCGGAUACAUGUGUGCUUGAGUUUUCUUGAUAA